ACGAACCGUAAGCGGGACUCAUCAGAGAUAACGGAUUAUUGGCCGUUGAUGAGGAGGCUGUGCGACCUCUGUCGCGGUGGCGGUGAACCGGAUGUAAACCGCGAGUCCGCAGAUUAACAUCCUGACCGAUUGUUUUCGAGACUUUCUGCCACAGUGACAGACACACCGCUGAACCUUGACCAGAACAACGGCUCCGAGCCCAGUUAAAUACGGUACUGUUGUCCGGCGGGACGGAGCAGACCAACAUGGCGGCGGUGAGAACUUUCUCCGGUCAGACGGAGCUGAUCAUGCAGGCGGCGGUGGAGGCUGUGACCUCAGUCGUCCAGCAGAGACUCGGACAGCGGGGGACCGAUGGCGAGGACGCCGGGAUUCAGCUGACCACCGUCCUUAACAUGAUGUCCAGAGAGGCUGUUCGUAAAAUCUGCAGAGUGUUCAGAGAGCUGUACGUGAGUCUAGAGAAGGAAACCAAAGCUCUGAAGGAUGAAGUGAAACGUCUGGAGUCUGAACUGACCAACCAGAAAACAUCUGCAGCCGAGAAAAAACAGACUCAGACACUGUAUAAGAUCAAACCAGCAGAUGGACCCUCUCUGUCACUGGACAUCAACCAACCAGCUGCUAACCCUGCAGCUCUCGCCAUGGCCAUCCUCAACUCCACCAAACCCACACACAGAGCUGGCAGCAGCCCCCAGGUCCCUCUGGUCAUCAUCAGCCAGCCGCUCCCCGGACCACUCGCAGCGCAACGCAGCGCCAGCCCCCAGGUGCUGCAGGAAAAACCAGGUCAGACCGCUGGUCUGGCUGACAUUGAGACUGAGGUGGUUUUAGAAUCCAUCCGGAUCUCCACAGACUCUGAUGGAUCACCAGAUUUGAUCCAGUCCUCCUCACACAUGACAUCACUUCCUGUGGUUAAUGAUCAGUCGACCAGUGAGCUCACAGGUGUGUCAGUGACAGUCGGUGAAGACCUGCCCUCGCGUGAAGAAGAACCAGCUGGGGAUGAAUCAGAGGUGAAGAUGGAAACUGUUGAAGAAAAACCUGAAGAUCAGACAUUAACUGAGAUUCAACCAAGCGAGACAGGUCUGAGUGAGGAGGAGCAGAAGGAGGUGGAGAGGAGGAGGAGGAGGGAGCUGUACAAAGAAAAGAGGUUUUUCUGUGAGCUCUGUAACAAAGGUUUCCAUCAGAAACAUCAGCUGAGGAAACAUGUGUCGUGUCACCUCAAACCUUUCCCCUGCAACUCCUGUGAUAAAGGUUUCUACAAGGCAAAGACUCUGCAGAAACACCAGCUGAGCCACCAGCUGAGGGAGGCUCAGGAGAAUGACCCUGACAAGCUUCUGCGCUGCGACCAAUGCGACAGGAAGUUCAGACUGCUGCGGCAGCUCCGAGUCCACCAGGCGUCUCACCGGCUCGAAAAGACGCCGCUGAAGUGCCAUGCCUGCGACCGCACCUUCACCUCUUCCAGCGCGCUCCGCUAUCAUGAGGUGUCGCAUGCCAAAGUCAAGCCCUUCAUGUGCGAUGUCUGCGGGAAGAGUUUCACCAGGAAGAAGAGCCUCCGAGAGCACCAGACAGUCCACACCGGCGCCCGGCCGUACCCCUGCCACACCUGUGGGAAGAGCUUCUCUACCGCCAGCAACCUGCGUGUCCACAAGAGGUCGCAUUCAGAGGAGCGGCCGUUCAAAUGCAGCGAGUGCAACAAGGCCUUCAAGUGUAGGAUGGGUCUGCUGCAGCACAGAGUGGUUCACUCCGGAGAAAAACCCUUCAUGUGUCAGACCUGUGGACUGAGCUUUGGACUCAAGUACAACUUCCAGAGACACCUGCGCCUCCACAACGGAGAGAAACCCUUCAGGUGUGAUAAGUGCGGGGAGGGGUUCACAGGGACCUGGGCUCUGAAGACCCACAUGCUGGUGCAUGGUGUGGAAAAGCCGUUCAUGUGUGAUCUGUGUGGGAAGACGUUUUUCUACAACUGUCAGCUGCAAAAACACCAGCAGCUGGUUCACGACAGUAAAGAUGGAGGGAAGGAUGCAGGGCAAGGGAGACAGAGGCCGACCGGGGUCAAACCUUUCAGCUGUAAAAUCUGUAUGAAGAGCUUUAGCAGCAGCACCACGCUGAGGACACACGAGAAGAGCCACGCCGAGAACAAAGAGUUCACCUGUGACACCUGCGGGAAGGCUUUCCACCUGCGACACCUGUACCUGUACCACAUGAGGCAGCACAGCGGCGACCGGCCGUACGUCUGCAGCGUCUGCCAGAAAGGUUUUCUGCUCUCAUCGCAGCUGAAGCAGCAUCAGCUGCUGCACACCGGAGUCAAACCUCACAGGUGUGAACAGUGCGGGAAAGAGUUCAGGACGCCGCAGAACUACCACCGCCACCUGCUGGUCCACACCGGAGAGAAACCCUACCAGUGUGUGGUGUGCAGCAGGAAGUUCAGGCAGUCCAACCAGCUCAAGUCUCACAUGCAGAUCCACACCGGCGUGAAGCUGUACUCCUGUGACCGCUGCAGGCAGGGCUUCUCUGACUCUCGCCAGCUCAAAAAACACCGCUGUGGAGACGACGGUCCGAGCACACUCGAGUCCUGCGGCAAACACAGGAAACACAGGGACGAGUUCCCCUGGACACAGGACUUCCCAAACCAGUGACAUCUCAGAUCUUGAUCGGGGAUCAAUAAAUAUUAUUAAAGAUCAAUAAGGAUCCAUAAGAAUCAGUAGGGAUCAGUAAUGAUCAAUAAAGUUCUGCUUCUCUUCUCUUUGUUUCUGAGGGAGACGUUGGGGUUGAUGUCAGUCUCAUGUCUGUGUUCAGUACAGAGUCAGUGGUUAGCUUAGCUUAGCAUGAAGACUGGAAACCUCCACUGAUUCCCAUGGUAGAUCCGAUUAAAUCUGAAAUGAACUGAAACACAGUUUGUGGUUUGAGGGAGACGUGCUGCUGGAACUACUUCUCGGUCAACAACAUUGUAUCCAUCCGCCCAGUGUUUAACAUAAAGACGUGAGACUCAGUCAGGUCUCUGGUUUCACCCCUUUCAUUUGAAGCUGAUCCACUGUAAAUGUUGCUGAACACUCACAUCGCAGCUGAUUACAUCACUGUAAAGUUUACAGAAAUGUUGCUGCGUUUUGCUGAAAAUCUAAGAACUGAAAAGAAAUUAACAGUAAAUUAACACUUACCCCCCCAUAUUUUAUUCGUGCAGCAAUAAACUGAGAUUUUUUGAAUGGAGUUUGGUUCAGAGACAUCCUACUCGGGUCUAAGAAGAGAAUAGCAGACUGGAAUAAUACAGUUUCUCUCAGUCCUGGAUGAUUUUCAGAGACCAUCAGAGUCCAGACACACCAACACUUAGUUUGUAUGUAUAUGUUUUGAAAGCUGAAAGUGAACGUGAACCUGGAGUAAAAGACAAACUGAUGCAUUUUCUCUGGAAAAAACACAUGAACACUGACGAUCAGGCUGUUUAAUAAAGUGACUGUUCAUAGAUUCUGUUACUGCAGAAAUAUUUUUUCAUGUCAUGUUUCCAUGUGUUUGUUUUGUCUUUGAGCUCAGCUGAAUUUAAACACUUGCUGCUGUCUCUUUUUUUUCAUCACCAUAAAGGUACAGUCUUGCACUACACCUGUGCACAUGUUGUAUUGACUGAUCGCAUUCCUCAUUUUCUACAGUAUAUUUUUCACAUUAUUCACUGUUACUCUUAUGUUUAUUUCGUCCACAAAAUGUAAAUGAUGUAAAAUAAACAAAACACGUUUG